AUGGAGACGCGGACGGGCACCACAACCUCCUCCAGCGCCGGUAGCACUUUCGAAGUCUCGCGUGAGGGCAACAUCGCAGGCUUCCGCGAGGAGCUCAUCUACGAGACCAUCAGCCUGGACGACUGCCACUACGACGAAUCGCUGCGGGUGUUCUACUACGCGUGCCCGUGCGGCGACCUGUUCGAAUUCACGCUGGAGCAGCUCGAGGCCGGCAACCUCGUGUCGGAGUGUCCCAGCUGCUCACUCCGGGUGCGCGUGGACCUCAAGGACGGCGACCUGGAUCCUUACACGGCAGCCUAA